CUGGAGAGGCCAGUGUCGCUGCUGCAGAGGCUCCAGUGGGAGGUACUGUAUCUGUGAUGAUGGCUGCGGAGCCCCUCACCCGGCGCCCCUUGCUCCUGGGACAAGUGGAGGGCUCCCAAGAGGCCCUCACCAUGGCAGCCAUCGUCCCCAAGGAAGAGGGGCUCAUCAGCAUCUCAGAGGACAGAACUGUCCGCGUGUGGCUGAAGAGAGACAGUGGUCAGUAUUGGCCAAGCAUAUUCCAUGCAAUGCCAUCUCCAUGUUCAUGCAUGUGCAUUAACCCAGAAACAAGAAGGCUGUCUGUCGGUUUAGACAAUGGUACAAUCUCAGAAUUUAUUUUAUCAGAAGAUUACAACAAGAUGACACCAGUUAAAAGUUACCAGGCUCAUCAAAGCAGGGUGAUGAUGGUCCUAUUUGUCCUGGAAAUGGAAUGGCUCCUGAGCAUAGGACAGGACAAGCACUUCACUUGGCAUUGUUCAGAAAGUGGGCAGCGCCUCGGGACUUACCGGAUUAGCGCUGGGGCAUGUGGACUACAAUUUGAUGUAGAGACACGGCACGUUUUUAUUGGUGACCAUUCUGGGCAGGUGACUAUACUUAAAUUGGAACAAGAAAACAGCAACCUGAUAACAACAUUUAGAGGCCAUACAGGUGGAAUCAGUGCCCUCUGCUGGGAUCCUGUUCAGCGUGUCUUAUUUUCGGGCAGCUCUGACCAUUCAAUUAUUAUGUGGGACAUUGGAGGGAGAAAAGGAACGGCCAUUGAACUACAAGGACAUAAUGAUAAAAUUCAGUCCCUCUCCUAUUCCCAUCACACUCGGCAACUUAUCUCCUGUGGAGCAGAUGGUGGAAUUGUGGUCUGGAAUAUGGAUGUUGACAGGCAGGAGACACCAGAAUGGUUGGACAGUGACUCGUGUCAAAAGUGUGAUCAGCCCUUCUUCUGGAACUUUAAACAAAUGUGGGAUAGCAAGAAAAUAGGCCUUAGACAGCACCACUGCCGGAAGUGUGGAAAAGCUGUGUGUGGCAAAUGCAGUUCAAAGCGCUCCUCCAUACCAUUGAUGGGCUUUGAAUUUGAAGUGAGAGUCUGUGACAGUUGUUAUGAAUCAAUAACAGAUGAGGAGCGUGCUCCCACAGCUACUUUUCAUGAUAGUAAACACAACGUUGUCCAUGUGCACUUCGAUGCUACCAGGGGGUGGUUGUUAACAUCUGGGACAGACAAGGUUAUUAAGUUGUGGGAUAUGACACCUGUAGUAUCCUGAUGCAUCCGUGAAGCCUAAAGAAACUCAGUGUUACUGAACAGGGAAAUCCUAGUUCUAUGGUAGAAGAUGGAACAAGCUGUACAGACUGAUAAGGACAAGAACUAAUACCUCUGGAUGGUUUUCCAAGCAAUCUAGCAGAUCCAGCAUGAACACUUACACCAAACGCUCUACUUCUAUUCAUUCUCAAAUGAAGAAGAUAUAUUUUUAAAACCUACAGUUAUACAAUCUGGCUCCAUUUAGCCAUUUGGAACUCUGUCUGGAAAACAUGUGUGCCGUGGGGUUUGUUUCAUGUUCUGUGUUGACUCGUGCUGUUUUAUGUGGAGGGAUUCUUUGCGAAUGUGGGCAGUCUUCUGCUGUGUGACAUUGGCAAAGCUGAUGCUGCAUCUUAGGAGAGAAAACUGAAAGCAAAAAAGAAAAUCCUCUUUCUGUAUUGUCCAGUCAUUGAGCAUGAACGUGAAAUUACAAAGUGUCAACUAGAUUCUGGGUAUCCAGAGCUUGUUAACCGAAAAGACUGCCUUUGUUCAUGCGUUCUAGCAGACAGACCUGUGGAUGCACGGGUGAAGAAAAGUGCAAAGUCCACUCUUUUUCCUUGCAAAUCCAGGAUGAGUACAUUAUUUGGUAGGAAAAAUCAAAGAGGAUAAACUAGGUUUCUACUCCCAAGCAUGAGUGUAGAAAACAGUUUGAACUAAGAUGGCAAAAAAUGGCUAAAACGUCUUGCCCAUUGUACUGAAUUGUGAUCACACAGAAAGCCCUUCUGUUUAACUGGACCAGCGCUGCAGGAACUUCUUUGGGGAUUUGACUUAAAAUGGAUAUGCUUGAAGCUAUCUCACUUUGAUCACCUCUCUGGUAGGAUGUGUGUUUUAAAAAACUGCAGAUCACUGUAAUUGUUUUAAUUCUCAAGAUGGCCCUCAAAUUAAUGUGGUUAAAUUUCCAGUUUUGUUUUGCUGCCUUAUUAGGCUCCCCCCCCCCUCGAAAAUAAAAAAUUUAA